AUGGAGGACCCGUGGCAGAGGGCGUACGAUUUUGCAGUCCAAGUGGCCAGGAAAGCCGGUGCGGAAAUCAGGAAAGCUGGCGAAAGCGAAAUUAAGGUGUCGACAAAAAGCUCCACUGUGGAUCUCGUCACAAAGACUGAUGAAAGAGUGGAGAAGAUUAUCAUGGACUCCCUGAAAAUGGAGUUUGGAGCGGACACUUACAGUUUUAUCGGCGAGGAAUCGGUGGCUAACGGAAAACCUUGCAUCUUGACUGACAAGCCCACGUGGAUCAUCGACCCUGUGGACGGAACCACCAACUUUGUCCAUGGGUUCCCUUUUGUGGCAGUGUCUAUUGCUUUUGCUGUUAAAAAAGAGUUGGAGUUCGGGGUGGUGUACAGCUGCUUGGAGGACAAAAUGUACAAAGCCAGGAGAGGGAAAGGAGCUUUCUGUGAUGAUGAGCAAAUCCAGGUGUCGGACGUGAAAGAUAUCCACAAGUCCAUCAUCAUAUCCGAGCACGGGACUGACAGGAACCCAGAAAAGGUGACUAAGAUCUUCUCUACCAUGCAGAAAAUCCUCCGCAUCCCUGUGCAUGGCCUGCGUGGCUCGGGCACCGCGGCCACCAACAUGUGCCUCGUAGCGUGCGGGGCGGUGGAGGCCUUCUUUGAAAUCGGCAUCCACUGCUGGGACAUCGCGGCCGGCGCGGUCAUCGUGAGAGAAGCCGGUGGAAUUCUGCUGGACGUUGACGGGGGACCUUUCGACUUGAUGUCCAGAAGGAUGGUGUCGGCGAACAAUGACGUUAUCGCUGAACGGAUCAUUAAGGAAAUUGAAAUAUUCCCCGUGGAAAGGGACGACGCGGAGGUCAAGCAGAAGUGA